CUAUUCCACGAGCGGGUCCGUGAGUGCAUUAUCUCAACACUUCUGUUUGCGACACUCUACAUCCUCUGCCACAUCGCCCUAACCCGCUUCAAGAAGCCUGCUGAGUUCACCACAGGUCCUUCUUUGAGGGGGCAGGAGGGUACACUGAAACACAGGGCUCCCAGAGCUAUCCACUGAUGUCCUGCCUCUUGCCCAUGGCUCUGUCUCGUAGUGGAUGAUGAAGAUGCCACCGUCAACAAGAUUGCGUAAGUAUGCCUCAGCACCUGGUACUAGUAGCCUAUAGAAACUGGUAUCUAAUGAGGUCCCUGGAGCCAGGAGGAGAGUAGGGUGUCACACAGUAAAAAGAGAGUUUCUGCUUCACCCCAUUUCUGUCUUCUGGCUUUACGCCACCCUGGGGAUGCUUGGAAAAGCUGCUGUUCCUGUCUCCCUGGUUAAGCCAGGAGCUUCUGGGAGCCUCUUGGCCAGGAGCUGUCAGCUGGGGCCUGAGUCACCGGAAAUGGUCCCAGCUUGGCUUCACCUCCCAGCGGCCAUUAGGAAAGGAGUGGGGCGGGGAUGAAAACCAGAGCAGGGGAUGGGGAAGGUGGUGUCCCGAGGGCCGGGCAUGAUUGGUUCUGAGAGGAUGGCUCUUACUCCAGGCCAUUAGUAUUCACUAGCAUAUGCAGAGAAAAAUAGAGAGAUGACCCCUCUGGGUCAACAAAUUAAAAGAAGCCAACCCUGACCCCUUGAUGGACUAACUAGAUAAAAGUGUCCCUUCUUUUCAGCUAAUACAGCCCAGGACACAGGCUUUGGCUCUGAGCUCCCCCAUUUUCCCCUUUGCUAUGGUGCCCUUGUGCAGGGCAUAGCCACAUGGGGUGACCCUGCUCCUGUUCAGGCUGAGGAAGGCAAGCUCAGAAAUCCACAUCACUGAGCAGAGAAGAGAAGCCAGGCCCCUUAGUGUGGCAUCAUGCCUGGCAUACCCUACAGGCAUGUGUGGGAGGAUCACAUUCCUGGGGACAGUCUGGGCAAGUGACAUGGCAGGUGACCAGGUUCCCAUGGAUGCCUGAGUGUGCCCAUCCCAUGUGUCAAAGUUUCCCUGGAGGAGAGAGCUGGGACUGGGGGUGGGGGCAGUAGGUAGAGCCCCAACUAGACAGUGCCUUCCCUAGGUUUGUCCUGCUAUGGCUGCUUCCAGGAAAAGCCAGGGUACCUGCAGGGAGGAAUGGGGCUUCUUGGGCCCCAGGAGAGUGAGUGUCUGCGCUAAGCAAGGUCACUACUUCUCCUCCGCCCAGGCUGGAGCUCUGCACCUUCACGCUGGCGGUCGCCCUGGGAGCCGUCCUGCUCCUGCCAUUCUCCAUCCUCAGCAAUGAGGUGCUGCUCUCACUGCCUCGGAACUACUACAUCCAGUGGCUCAAUGGCUCCCUCAUCCAUGGCCUCUGGAACCUUGUUUUUCUCUUCUCCAACCUGUCCCUCAUCUUUCUCAUGCCCUUUGCAUACUUCUUCACUGAAUCUGAGGGCUUCGCUGGCUCCAGAAAGGGUGUCCUGGGCCGGGUCUAUGAGACGGUGGUGAUAUUGAUGCUUCUCACUCUGCUGGUGCUGGGCAUGGUGUGGGUAGCGUCUGCCAUUGUGGACAAUGACAAGACCAGCAGGGAGUCACUCUAUGACCUCUGGGAGUACUACCUCCCCUACCUCUACUCCUGUAUCUCCCUCCUCGGGGUCCUGCUGCUCCUGGUGUGUACUCCACUAGGUCUCGCCCGCAUGUUCUCAGUCACUGGGAAGCUGCUGGUCAAGCCCCGGCUGCUAGAAGACCUUGAGGAGCAGCUGUAUUGCUCAGCCUUUGAGGAGGCAGCUCUGACCCACAGGAUUUGCAAUCCCACCUCCUGCUGGCUGCCUUUGGACAUGGAGCUGCUGCACAGACAGGUUCUGGCUCUGCAGACACAGAGAGUCCUUCUGGAGAAGCGGCGGAAGGCUUCAGCGUGGCAGCGGAACCUGGGUUAUCCCCUGGCCAUGCUGUGUUUGCUGGUGCUGACUGGCCUGUCUGUGCUCAUUGUGGCCAUCCACAUCCUGGAGCUGCUCAUCGAUGAGGCUGCCAUGCCCCGGGGCAUGCAGGGUGCCUCCCUGGGCCAGGUCUCCUUCUCCAAGCUGGGAUCCUUUGGUGCCAUCAUUCAGGUUGUACUCAUCUUUUACCUGAUGGUAUCCUCUGUUGUGGGAUUCUACAGCUCUCCACUCUUCCGGGGCCUGCAACCCAGAUGGCACGACACAGCCAUGACACAGAUCAUUGGGAACUGUGUCUGUCUCCUGGUCCUAAGCUCAGCACUUCCCGUCUUCUCACGAACCCUGGGGCUCACUCGCUUUGACCUGCUGGGUGACUUUGGACGCUUCAACUGGCUGGGCAAUUUCUACAUCGUGUUCCUCUACAAUGCAGCCUUUGCGGGUCUCACCACUCUCUCUCUGGUGAACACCUUCACUGCAGCUGUACGGGCAGAGCUGAUCCGGGCCUUUGGGCUGGACAGACUGCCGUUACCUGUCUCUGGUUUCCCCCAAGCAUCUAGGAAGACUCAGCAUCAGUGACCUUCAGCUGAGGGUGGGAGGGAGAAAACUGGACACUGCCAUCUGCUGCCCAGGCCUGGAGGAGCGCCCAGGGGGUGGGUGGACCUCUGGACCUGGAAUAUGCGAGGCUGGGUGGUAGAGGGGAGCUGAGCCGUUUGCACUGUUUCAUAAUCUGAGCCAGAGUUUGGGACCAGGCUCCCCUGCUUUUCCAGAUUUAACUGUGGGUCUCAGCAUGGGGUGGCACUGGGUGACUGCGUCUGGCUCCUGGUCCCAAAUCUGUUUACACAUCAAUCUGCCUCACUGCUGUUCGGGCCAUGCCCAUAACCAUGUUUACAUGAUGUGAUGUGCAAUAGGGUGGGGUAGGGACAGGGGAGGGACUGAGCCAGGGGCCGACUUAGGAGGCAGAUUGUCUCCCUUCCCUCUGGCCCAACAGAGCCUAAAGCACUGUGCUGUCCUGGAGGAGCUUUGGACUACAGGAGAAAUGAGGGCAUAGGGAGGAAGAGGCCACAGCCGUCAGCAAUAAAGUUAAUCCCAGGGUUUUUUAAAGG